AUGUCUGGGUCUGGAGCUGCACUGCCCGCCUCUUCUGCUGCAUCGGGUGUAGUCCCGGCGACUUCGAAGGGCGCUUCUCCGCAGUCUGGCGUGAGGCCACCGACGGGAGUUCCAGCGGUUUCUGCGUCCGCAUCAGGAGGUGUGGUUGAGAAAGUGAUCUCCAUUCCCUCUGACGAAGAGGAGGAGGCUGGGAAUGAAGAGGGGCUUACAGGCUCAGCUGAUCCUGUCCAAGAGGCCGCUGGCAAAGAGGCUCUUCCCUCUUGGGCGAGUCGCUCGUCUAGUGAGACGAGUGAAUCUGAGGAGGAUGACGACGUCUCGAUUCAUGAGACGUUAUCCAGUGAGGAAGAGGUGUUGGCUUGUGAGGAUGCACCCGGCCAAAUAGAGGGAUCUCCUGCUCCUGCGGCAGUGUCGGCUGGGGAUCUUUCAUCAGUGCGAGAGUCUCCGCUUCAAAGGGAGACUUCUGCUCUGCAAGUGACCACUCCCUUGUCGGCGGCGGCCGUUGAUGCUGUGACCGCUGCUCCGAGGGCGUCAUUGGUCACACCAGCUUUGGCGGCGCCAAUCCUUACUUCUAUGGUUAUGACCACUGGCACUUCAACUGGGAUUUCAUCCACGGCGGAGGAGGCCAUCCUCUCUCCCUUGGAGCGUGAGCGAAGAAGGAGUGCGGCACGAUCCUUGGCUGAUUUCCAAGACACUCUAGCCGCAUGCAUCAGGCUUGCUUUGGAGGAGAAUUGCCCUUUCGAGAGUUUCGAAGAGGAUAUCGACUACGUCGUGUGCUUCUUAAUCAAGAGGCUUGGCCGGACUGUGGCGAUGCCCUACUUCCAGCGUAAGGAGGAAGUGAAGGAAGCGGUGCAACGGUUGCUUGCUCUUCGCGCGAAGAGCUCCACUCUUGUGGAUCUUGCAAUCGACGAAGUCCGAGCAGCGGUGGAAGAACGCGAUCGCCGUCUGGACAAGACCAUGUCGCUGGAGGCGAGAUUGUCAGCAGAGUUGGAGCAAGCCAAGGCUGAGGAUGAACGAAUGGCCUUCGAGCGACAGAAGGCCGAUAACCGCGUCUCUCGCUUGUCUUCAGAGGUAGAGAAUCUGAAGCAGGUUAUAGCUAAGGCGCAAGACUCAUUGGCCAUUCAGGAGAAGGCUCGUGAACAGGCGGUCAAGGAGUUGGAAGGCAUUGAAUCUCGUCAGCAACUGACGGCUAACUCCGUCGAGGAAAAGGCUCGAGCCCAUAAGGAGGUCAAAGAGACCGUCCGAGACUUGGCCUCGUGCACUAAGGAAGAUCUUUGCCAGGAGAUUCUGAGGAGGUUAGAACAUCGCCAUGCUAGCGAGAUUCGUGAGGCGGAAUUGCGAUUGAAAGCUUUGUAA